AUGCGCUACACUCUGAUCAACGGCCUUCUCCUCCUGGCCGUCUCGCCUUUCACGGCCCUCGCUCUCCCGGUCGACCCCAACGACCAGGGUGGUGUCUGGGACCCCUCUGGCCAGUACCGCAAGGGCCACUAUGACGGCCAAGGCAACUUCAUUGCUAACGCCGGCCAGACUGGCUACGAGAACGGUUACCAGAACGAGCAGUGGCGCAAUGGCUGGAACGGCCAGUACCAGAACGGUCAGUGGGACCAGAACAACGGCCAGUACAACAACGAAGAUGGCCGAUACAAUGAGGCCGGCCGCUGGCAGCGCCGCUGGGUCCCCGGCCGCGGCGUCGCCGAGGCUGCUGGUCUCCGAAACCACGGCACUGAGUUCGGCCGUCCUGGCGUUGGUCUCCCCGGAAUCCACGCCCGCAACUGGCCCUACGACAACAACAACAACAACAAUGGUGGCUGGACCGACGCCAAUGGCCAGUGGCACGCCAAUAACCAGCAGGGCGGAUGGACUGAUGCCAACGGUGUCUGGCACGCCAACAACAACAACUGGAACCAGCAACAGCAGGGCGGUUGGACCGAUGCCAAUGGUCAGUGGCACGCCAACAACCAGCAGGGUGGCUGGACCGAUGCCAACGGACAAUGGCAUGCUACUCAGAAGCGUGGUCUUGAGCCCACUGCUACCACCAACCUCGGUGCCAACGGUGCCAACCCCAAUGCUCUGAACCAGGGCCAGGGCGUCAGCCAGGGUGCCAACCCUCUGAACGGUGCUGCUGGCCAGGGAAAUCUUGCCGCUGCUGGUGCUGGUGCCGGUGCUGUUCCUGGCGCUGGUGCUGGUACCCCCGGUGUCCCGGGUGCUGGAGCUUCCGUUCCUCACGUUCCUCGCAACUACAACCCUGACUACAACAGCGAUGGCUACGACAACGAUGGCUACAACCGAGAUGGUUACAACCGUGAUGGCUGGGACCGUCAUGGCUACAACCGCGACGGCUCCUACAACGAGGGCUACCGGGAUGGCCGGUGGAACAACGAGGAGGACCGCCGUGUCGCUGAGAACGUCGUCUCCAACAUCCUCACCCGCCGCAUCUGGCCCUUCAGCAACUGGAACCACGACGACCACCGCGACUGGGACCGCAACUGCGACCGCAAUGACUGGAACUGCCGCAACCGCUACAACAACAACGAUGACUAUGACUACAACAGCGGCGUUGGCUACGACAAGUGCCAGAACGGCGACUGGAACGACCGCUCCGGCUGGAGCUGCCGCCACGACUGGGACCGUACUCGUGCUACUCCUACUCCUCGUGUCUGGACUCGCAACUCCCCCAACGAUGACACCCGCUACUCGUCUGCGAUCCCCACUGGCACCAACUACAACAAGGACUACACCAACAACAAGUCCGUCGACAACAAGGAUCUGGACAACAACAAGGACUAUGAUCACAAGGACCUUGAUGACAAGAAGAUCGACAACAAGGACUACGACAACAAGGACCGCACCACCUCCGACUCCACUGACAAGAAGGAGUAA